CGCGUUCGUGAAAACGAAAACGACAACAAACUAGGAGAGCUCGUGCGUGUAUUUCGGGUGGAUAUCUAGCGUUAUCGAGGAGAUAUAAUCGGUGGGAGGAGGAGCCAGAGGUCGGUGUGAGCCGUAUACGGCGGAGACAAAAUGAAUAUCCUGCCUAAGAAGAGCUGGCACGUCCGUAACAAGGACAACGUUGCGCGGGUCAGGAAGGACGAGGCGGGGGCCGCGGAGGAGGAGCUUGCCCGCAAGAAGAGGGUGGAGCUUGCUGAGCAGGAGGCCCGCACUGAUUUCCUUCGUAGAAAGGCCCGUCUCGGACAGCCCCAAGCAAACAGGAGUGAUGAGCGUGAACUAGUGAAGGUGGACACGCAGUCCGACCAUAUUAAUUUGUUUCAAGAUGUGGAGGAAGGCAGAGGGAGCAACAAGGGCAACAAAGAAUAUGAAGAGGAAAAGCGCAAAGAAAAGGAACGCCAAGAAAAGGCUUUGGGCAUUCUCACCUACCUAGGGCAGAGUGCAUCCGAAGCCCAGACCAGCCGUCCGUGGUACCAGGAGGUUCCCAGCCGCAGUAAAAAGGAGGUGGAUAAUGACUCAAAGGAUGAUAAAUGGAAAAGGAAGCUGGAUCCGAUUCAUGACAUGGAGAAAUAUCUCCAAAAGAAGCACAAAGUACAGAAAGAACACAAAAAAGAGAAAAGGAAGGAGAGCAAAGGAACCCACAAGCCGGCGAUAGAACAGCUGAGACACGAGCGCCUUAAGCGGGAGGCUGCAGAGAGGGCGAGGGCUGAGGCUUUACUGUCUGGGAAGAAGGAUGUGCCGGCGCCAGAAAUGGACGAUAGGAAACGCCAGUACAAUUCCCAGUUCUUCCCCCAACUGGCACGGAAACCCAAACCGAGAGACGAACAGAACCGGUGAAACCCCACAGAGAAAGCACCGCUUGCCUAGAGUAUUCAGAGAUCAGGCAGAUGUUACGCCUUCGGGGGCCGGACUAAUACCUUGUAAUAUAGUUUUUAAUGAAGUACGUUAUUGAACCCACAUUAAUAAAACGUUAAAGUGU